UUUAGGUUUUCUUUCUCUUUGUUUCUGUUCAUCUUUUCUUGUUUGUUUUACUUUUGUUUUGAAUCUUUAGAUUUAAUUUUGUAUUUGAAUUUAAUUUAAAUUGUGUUGACCCGUAUUCUUUGCUGCGCAUGCACGUGUCAAAAUGCUAUCUGUUGUAUAUUUUAAGAAUGACACCAUCAUCUUCUCCAACCACUCCUAAACCCUAAUUCUUGUUCUCCGCAGAAAAAUCAAAAACAGCUUUGAAAGAUAGAUGGAUAACAAAGAGGCUUCAGAAAAAUCAUCUUCCCAGAAGAUGGAUAACCAAGAAGCUUCAGAAGCUAUUGAUGCACUCUCAUUGACAGCUUCCUCAUCCAAUCCUUCCAUUUCAGCUUCACAGAUGAGUUUGGAGGAAAAGUUCAAGAUUGUUAGGAGUAUUGGGGAGGAGUGCAUACAGGAGGAUGAGUUGAUGAAUCUUUUGGCAAAGAAGCCACAGCCCAUUUGCUAUGAUGGUUUUGAGCCUUCUGGUCGAAUGCACAUUGCUCAGGGAGUUUUGAAGGCACUAAAUGUCAACAAACUGACUUCGGCUGGCUGCAAGGUGAAGAUCUGGAUUGCAGAUUGGUUUGCCCAGCUAAAUAACAAGAUGGGAGGUGAUUUGAAGAAAAUUGAGGUUGUUGGUCAAUAUUUGAUUGAGAUAUGGAAGGCUGUGGGAAUGAAUCUUGAAGGGGAUCAAGUGGAAUUUUUGUGGUCUUCAAAAGAGAUUAACUCCAGAGCUCAUGAGUACUGGCCUCUUGUUAUGGACAUAGCUCGAAAGAACAAGCUUCCAAGGAUUUUAAGGUGCUGCCAAAUUAUGGGUCGGUCUGAGCAAGAUGAGUUGACUGCAGCCCAGAUUUUUUACCCGUGCAUGCAAUGUGCUGAUAUAUUCUUCCUUAAGGCUGACAUCUGUCAACUAGGCAUGGACCAGCGAAAGGUUAAUGUACUUGCAAGAGAGUACUGUGAUGACAUCAAGAGGAAAAACAAGCCUAUCAUAUUGUCCCAUCAUAUGCUCCCUGGUUUGCAGGAAGGUCAAGAGAAGAUGUCCAAGAGUGACCCCUCUUCUUCCAUUUACAUGGAAGAUGAAGAGGCAGAAGUAAAUGUCAAGAUAAAGAAGGCUUUUUGUCCACCAAAGGUUGUAGAAAAGAAUCCAUGUCUGGAGUACAUCAAGUAUAUCGUCCUCCCUUGGUUUAAUGAGUUCAAAAUUGAGCGAAGUGCUGAGAAUGGUGGUGACAGGACCUACACAAAUUUUGAAGAAUUAGCUGCUGACUAUGAAAGUGGGAGUUUGCAUCCUGCAGACCUGAAACCUGCAUUAUCAAAAGCAGUCAAUAAGAUAUUACAGCCGGUGCGUGAUCAUUUUAAGAAUGACCAGAAAGCCAAAGACCUUAUGAAAAGGGUGAAGGUAUGCUAGGUAACGAGA